GCAACAUUUCAACUCACCACCAGCAAUGGCGAUGGCUCUUCAUCAUUCCCUUAUAUUCAUUGUCCUCUUGGCAUUAGUCUCAGUAUGUUCAUCCGAGGGUCCAUUCCCUCCUUCCCACCACAAUGAAAAGCCUCCCCCACAAGUUCACCCUCCGCCACUUCACAAACCAGAACCACACCAUCCUUCUCCCUUUGUUCCAAAGACUCCACCCCUUCACAAGCCCCCAUUUGAAGGGAAACCUCCCAUGAAAGGUGCUCCUCCACUUCCUAAGCCACAACCACACCCCGCUUCUCCAUUUAUUCCAAAGCCACCUCCACUUCCUAAGCCACAACCACACCCCGCUUCUCCAUUUAUUCCAAAGCCACCUCCACUUCCUAAGCCACAACCACACCCCGCUUCUCCAUUUAUUCCAAAGCCACCUCCACUUCACAAGCCUCAACCACCCCUCAUUCCCAAGCCUCCACCAGUGCAUGGUAAGGUGCCUCCUCAUACUAUCAAUGAGCACCCCACUUCUUUCUCCCAUGAAAAGCCUCAUCCUCCUCUUACUCCUCCAUUUCACAAGCCAGGCUCCCCCAGCUUCAAUCCUCAUGGCAAACCUCAUCCUCCUCUUACUCCUCCAUUUCACAAGCCAGGUUCCCCCAUCUUCAAUCCCCAUGGCCAACCCCAUCCUCCCUUGAAGAAAUCUCCUCCCAAGCAAGUAGUAAAGCCCCCACCAAAGCAUGGACACUACAAUUCUCCUGUCAUGCAUAAGUCUCCUCCACCUCACCCUACUUAUUAGAUAUUUUGUAGCCAAUCGUGGAAAAUAUAUAGACCGUAUGUAAAGGAGAGGUGGUUUAGAUUCUACUCAUCCAUAGUAGUAUUGUCUACUACAUGUUGCUUUCGCCGAUGAUGGGAGACAUGAAUUCCUUAGAAAUGUUGUUAUCGAUCGGUGAAUACUAGAAGCUGCGGCUUUUCUGUGUAUUAUCGUAUUGUCAUAUUAUAGAUGGUUUCAUAUUACAAUAAUGAAUCGUUUUAGAUGAA